ACAUCGGGAGCUUUCAACGGCUCUUGACUGUGAAGAACAAAAAAAAAACAGAAUUCUCCAGAACCUCUACCACACACGCUAUAAAUCUCAUCGCAAUGUUACCAACAAUCACCUCGUCAAGAAACUCUCAAAACGCUUUUGAACAACACACUCUCUAUUCUCUUGUGAUUUGAAAUCUCGUUUUAUCUUUCACUCUCUCUCAUCAGAGAUGGCAGACGAUUUCGACAUGGAGAUUCCGGCUGAGGAGGCGGAGGAGAUGGAUUUGGACCUCGCCGAUGAUGCCGAGUCGGAUCCUUCCUUGAAAGUGGGGGAGGAGAAGGAGAUCGGGAAGUCGGGAUUGAAGAAGAAGCUCGUCAAGGAAGGAGAAAAGUGGGACACUCCUGAGACCGGAGACGAAGUUGAAGUGCACUAUACUGGAACGUUGUUAGAUGGGACCAAGUUUGAUUCAAGCCGUGACAGAGGAACUCCUUUCAAAUUCACGCUUGGCCAAGGGCAAGUGAUCAAAGGAUGGGACAUAGGGAUCAAGACGAUGAAGAAAGGCGAGAACGCCGUUUUCACUAUUCCUCCCGAGCUGGCCUAUGGUGAAAGCGGUUCCCCGCCGACAAUUCCUCCCAAUGCUACUCUUCAGUUUGAUGUGGAGCUGUUAUCGUGGAGGAGUGUUAAGGAUAUUUGUGGUGAUGGUGGUUUGUUCAAGAAGGUGAUUGCGGAAGGAGAGAAAUGGGAGAAGCCAAAGGACCUUGAUGAAGUAUACGUCAAGUAUGAAGCUCGCCUUGAGGAUGGCACCAUUGUUGGAAGAUCUGAUGGUGUGGAGUUCACUGUCAAGGAUGGUCAUUUCUGUCCUGCGAUUGCUAAAGCUGUCAAGACCAUGAAGAGAGGGGAGAAGGUGCUCCUAACUGUCAAGCCUCAGUAUGGCUUUGGGGAAACUGGAAGACCGGUAUCUGAUGGUUUGCAAGCUGCAAUCCCACCAAAUGCGACCCUUCAGAUCGACCUUGAGUUGGUUUCUUGGAAGACCGUCGUGGAAGUAACUGAUGACAAGAAGGUCACUAAGAAGAUUUUGAAGGAAGGAGAAGGAUAUGAGCGUCCGAAUGAAGGAGCAGUUGUCAGAUUGAAGCUGAUUGGUAAGCUUCAAGAUGGAACUGAGUUCUUGAAGAAAGGUUAUGGAGAAGAGGAGGAGCCCUUCGAGUUUAAAACCGAUGAAGAACAAGUUAUUGAAGGGCUUGAGAAAAGUGUUAUGGGCAUGAAGAAGGGUGAGGUGGCUCUCAUCACCAUCUCACCAGAGUAUGCCUUCGGUUCAUCUGAAUCAAAACAAGAGCUCGCUGUGAUACCACCUGACUCCACGGUUUGCUACGAGGUCGAGUUGGUAUCCUUUAUUAAGGAGAAGGAAUCUUGGGACAUGAACACACAGGAAAAGAUAGAAGCUGCUGGCAUAAAGAAGGAAGAAGGGAACACGCUGUUUAAGGCUGGAAAAUAUGCAAGAGCUUCAAAAAGAUACGAGAGGGGUGUCAAGUACAUAGAGUACGAUUCGAGUUUCGAUGAAGAGGAUAAAAAGAAGGCUAAAGCUCUGAAGAUUGCUUGUAACCUGAACAAUGCAGCUUGCAAGCUGAAACUGAAAGAUUACAAAGAGGCUGCAAAACUGUCCACAAAGGUGUUGGAGAUGGACGGAAGCAACGUGAAGGCAAUGUAUAGGAGGGCACAUGCGUACAUGGAGACAGCUGAUCUUGAUCUAGCUGAGCUAGAUAUCAAGAAAGCCCUUGAGAUUGAUCCUGACAACAAGGAGGUGAAGAUAGAAUACAGAAAACUGAAGGAGAAGGUGAAGGAGUACAACAAGAAAGACGCCAAGUUCUACAGCAACAUGCUGGCAAAAAUGCUUGAGCCACAUAAAGAAGCUCGGAAGGACACACAAGCGAUGAGUAUUGACGCCAAGGCAUGAGUCGAAACACGUGAGAGUCGCUUUGUGUCAGAAAUGAAUUACUAGUUGUUGUUAUCUGUUUGUAAACAUUCUUGGUGUGUGCGACUAUAUUAUGGAUGAUUUUGCUCUUAUAAUAAAGCAGACUUUGUAAUAAACAGCGUCCAAGUUCUUAAACAACUUUGUCUUGAACUUCAAAACAAUCCAUAAAGUUUGGCAUC